AUACACAUGCACAGACACAUGUACAUACACAUAGACACAUGUACAUACAUACACAGACACAUGUACACACCACACAGACACAUGUACGUACAUACACACAAACACACACACACAUACAUGUACAUACAUGCAGACACAUGUACAGAUACACACAUGCACAUACACACAGACACAUGUAUACAUGCAUACACAGAUGCACACAGACAUGUACACGUACCCCCCCCCCCAUAAAAAGUUGCAGUACUUCGUUGUUCACUCACAGAUCCGGGUACUGCACUCUAGGGGGAGGCAGAGAGCACAGCACACACUCCUUGCUUUGCUUUCACUGCGCUCAGCUAUUGAGCAGUCUGACGGCUUCCAGUGCCAAUGACAGAUCCGGCCUGAGCUCCGAGCCUGCCCUGGGCCCCGUGCCCGGGGGGACACACUCACCCCCACCAUAAUUUCCACUCGCCAUUGGCGAGCAGGCGAGUGGAAAUUUCAAGCCCUGCGUUAAAGCGU